AUGAAAUGGGUGUUUGAAGAACAGUUCUCCUUCUUUUCUUGUAUGCAGGUCAUCCUGGCAAAUAGCAUAGUGAAGCUAACGUUGGUGAAACCUCAAGGGUGGUUGGCCGGGAUCAAGUAUGGAGGAAUGGACAAUCUCCUCGACAUCAAGUCGCCUGAAUCUCAUCGAGGAUAUUGGGAUGUGAAUUGGAGCGUACCAGGAGGCCUGGAACCACAUCAAUUCAAUGUGCGAUGCAGAAUUAGUGGGACAGAGUACAAUGUUAUCCACCACAGCUACGACAAGAUAGAAGUUUCGUUCAGGACUACUUACAAUCCUUCCGGCCUGGGGAUCAAGCUUCCCCUCAGUAUCGACAUAAGGUACAUACUGCAGAAUGGGGUUUCAGGAUUCCAUUGCUAUGCAAUCUACGAACGUCCUACAGGUUGCCCUGCCUUCGAUCUUUCUCAGACAAGGAUGGUCUUCAAGCUCAGGAGAGAAAAGUUCCACUACAUGGCAAUCAGUGACGAGAAGCAAAGGAUAAUGCCAAUGCCAGAGGAUCUGCUUCCCCAUAGAGGCAAACGGCUUAUAGUGCCCGAGUCAGUUAUGUUAGUCAAUCCCAUUAACCCAGAUCUCAAAGGAGAAGUGGAUGACAAGUACCAGUAUUCAAUGGACAAUCAAGAAAGUGGUGUCCAUGGAUGGAUCAGCUCUGAACCGUUGAUCGGUUUCUGGGUCAUCUUCCCGAGCCAUGAAUUUCGUAGCGGUGGACCAACGAAGCAAAACUUAACCGUCCACACUGGUCCAGCUUGCUUAGCUAUGUUUCAUGGAAUGCACUACAUUGGAGAUGAGAUGGUGACUCAUUUCGAAGCAGGAGAGGAUUGGAAUAAGGUCUUCGGCCCGAUCUUUGUUUACCUUAAUUCAACCCCAACCAUAUCGAAUGCACACAGCUUAUGGCUUGAUGCCAAGAAACAGAGGCUGCUUGAAGAGGCAGCAUGGCCUUAUGACUUCAUCUCUUCCAAGCAUUACAUCAGGGCUGCAGGACGUGGUUCUGCUUACGGAAAACUGGUUGUCCAGGACAAAUUUCUUCAUGGUUCGCUCAUCCCUGCCAAAUCUGCUCAUGUUGGUCUAUCGGUCGCAAAAAAGGCAGGAGGAUGGCAAACAGAGAGCAAGCAUUACCAAUUCUGGGUGAAAACAGAUUCAAAUGGAAACUUCAACAUCAAGAAUGUUAUUCCUGGGAUCUAUAGACUUCACGGCUGGGUUCCUGGGUUCAUCGGUGAUUACCUCGAGAAAGGAUUCAUUGACAUCACUGCAGGCUCAGAAAUCCAACUUGGAGAUCUUGUCUAUGUUCCUCCCAGAGAUGGUCCAACCAUGUGGGACAUCGGCUUCCCAGAUCGUACAGCCAGUGGUUACUAUGUCCCUGAUGUGAGUCCUAUCUAUGCCAACAGGCUAUUUCUCAACAGCCAAGAGAAGUUCAGACAAUAUGGCUUGUGGGACAGAUACACAGAUGUGAACCCAGAAACCGAGCAGACAUUCACAAUAGGCAUCAGUGAUCCAAGAAAAGAUUGGUUCUUUGCCCAAGUAAACAGAAAGUGGGGAAAGAGUCAGUAUGUGCCUUCAACCUGGACAAUCAAAUUUAUUAUGGAUUCAGUAACCACUGGUACUUACAAGUUGAGACUGGCCAUUGCAUCAGCAACCCGUUGCAGUCUUGAGAUAUGCAUAAAUGGUAUGGAUCCAGAGCAUACAGUUUUUGAAGUACUAAAUCUAGGAACAGACAAUGCAGUAUGUCGACAUGGAGUCCACGGACUAUAUCGGCUGUUCAGCAUUGAAGUUCACUCUUCACUAUUGAUCAAAGGAGACAACUCCAUGUUUCUUCGACAAACGAAGGCUGGGAGUGCACUUUGUGGAAUCAUGUAUGACUACGUAAGACUAGAAUCUCCAGCAUUCUCCGAGAGUUCAGAGCAGAACUUUGAAUUUAAAGCACAAACCUCUUGA